AAACGUAUCCCGGAGAAAAUUCCGGUAGAACAAAAAGUGGACAAACGCCUUCAACGAUGAACUCGGGAAAUCGCCCCGUCGUACUGGUUACAAACAAGGAAACACCGGAAAAGGGUAUCAACAAGUUGAAGCUCAAAUGUGAUGUGAUCUUUCCCAAAAGUCAUCCGGUAACGCGAGACGAGAUUCUGGAACUGGCCGGUCAGGUCGAUGGAAUAAUGUGGGUUGGUCAUAUGGCGCUGAACGGUGAAGUGCUGGAUCGUGGAGGCGAACGCUUGAAAGCUAUCUCCACGAUGUCGGCUGGCAUGGAUUACGUAGAUAUUGAUGAGUUCCGGAAGCGUAAGUUCCCGCUCGGAUAUACCCCGAUUGUGCUGAACGAUGCCGUAGCAGAUUCCGCUAUUGGGUUGAUGAUUGCUGCCGGCAGACGGUAUCACGAGGGUCGCCUAGCCAUCGAUCAGUCCCAGUGGCAAGGAGGUCCUCAGUGGUUGCUCGGACAAGAUAUUAAGGGUAGCACGGUGGGAAUCAUCGGAAUGGGUGGAAUCGGGCAAACGAUCGCUAGGCGGCUGAAGGGUUUCGACAUUGGACAGCUGUUGUACACUGGUCGCCGACCAAAACCGGAAGCGGACGCACUCGGUGCCAAGAUGGUGCCACAGGAUGAGCUUUUGCAGGAGAGCGACUAUUUGUUCAUCGCUGUCCCGCUUACCAACGAAACGUAUCAUCUGAUUAAUGAGACUACGCUAGCCAAAAUGAAACCUACGGCCGUACUGGUAAACGUGGCACGGGGUGACAUCGUCGAUCAGAAAGCGCUAGUAACUGCCCUUAAGAAUGGUACGAUCUUUGCUGCUGGUUUGGAUGUGAUGACCCCAGAACCACUACCAGCUGACAAUGAGUUGUUGCGUCUACCGAACGCAGUUGUCGUUCCCCAUCUGGGAUCCGCUACGGUUCAGACAAGGAACAAUAUGGCCGAAAUAGCAGCACUGAAUGUGUUGGCAGGAAUCGCCAAAACGCCAAUGUUUUCCCCGUAUCCGUACUAAUUCUGGUGCUUUAACAUAAAUCUUAUAAAGGAGGGGCGAGGUACGAUUUAAGAUACAGCAACGUUAACGCUUAUCGGUCACAACGGUAACACGGCAAUGCUGUAUUAAAAACCACUCUCUGUGAGGCAUCCUAACCAAAAACGGAAUUAAAACGGUUUGUAUGGGCACGACUCGUAAUUAACGUAAUUUGGUAGUUUCGGAAAUGUUAUGACUGAUUAUACACAGGUAGCUAGAGUUUAGAGGUGGUAAAUUUAUGUUGGGAAGCAAUGGAGAUCCAUCUUUACUAGUAUUUGUAAUCAAUGAACAUCGUUUUACACCAUUAAAGUGCCUUUGAUAUGUGGUAAACCUAGUAGUGGCGUUUCGUUUUACUGAAACUGUGAUGGCAUCGUUUCAUUUCGCAGUCCAUGGAUUAAAUUUUCCACUGCCCGUACUGCCAUUUCGUCCCGCGUUCUUUUCGUGGCCGUUCCCAAAUGUG